GUUCAGCCCACAGCCCCACCACCUCCCGACCAAGAAGAUACUGCUCACCCUCCUGUACUUGAUGUCCGGGGCGUUUACAGAAGGCAGCCCAGGGGUUCAAAAUGCUUGUGCUGCUGGAGAAGCUACAAAGUGCACUGAAUGUCUUCUCCUGGGUCCUGAAUGUGGAUGGUGUUUCCAAGAGGAUUUCUUAGAAGAUCCACUACAGAAUACGAGAUGUGAUUUGGUCACUAAUCUAAUUCGAAAAGGCUGCAAUUCAAAUCUUAUUGAAUUUCCUGUGGCCAAGAUUAACAUAGAAGAAAGUCAACUUUCGCAACUGGCUCCCAGCAAAGUCUCUUUGCAUCUCAGACCAGGUACUGAGGCAAGCUUCAUUCUGAAGGUUCAGCGACUUGAUGAUUAUCCUCUCGAUCUCUACCAUCUGGUUGAUACUUCAGCAUCGAUGGUGGCCAAUCUGGAAAGGUUAAACUCUGUGGGAUAUUCUUUGUCACAAAAGAUGGCUACAUUUUCCAGCAAUUUCCAAUUUGGGUUUGGAUCGUUUGUUGACAAGCCUGUUUCUCCAUUCAUUAACAUUCAGCCAGACAAACUUGUCAAUCCAUGCAGUAAUUAUGAAACAUUUUGCCUGCCAGCACACGGGUUUAUAAAUGUAUUACCAUUGACUGAAAACAUUAGAGAAUUCACAAAGGCUGUUGAAGAACACAUUAUUUCUGGAAAUGAGGACACACCAGAGGGAGUAUUGGAUGCUAUGCUCCAAGUUGCAGUUUGUGAGAAUCAUAUAGGAUGGCGUAAGGAAGCAAAACGCCUGCUUCUGAUGAUAACUGAUCAGAUAUCUCACCUGGCACUUGACAGCAAACUGGGUGGGAUUGUACUGCCUAAUGACGGAAACUGCCAUUUAAAGAACAAUAUCUACACUCAUUCAACUAUUAUGGAACAUCCAUCUGUAGGUCUGCUGGUGGAUAAACUGCUGGAAAAUAAUAUUCAUGUCAUUUUUGCAGUUCAGGGAUCACGCAUCACAUGGUACAAGGAUCUUAUUCCGUUGAUGCCAGGGGUAGUUGCAAAGCAGCUGAAUUCAGAAUUAUCCAAUCUCUCCGAGUUGGUAGCAGAUGCCUAUCAGAUGCUGCUUUCUGAGGUAGAGCUACAAGUGGACAACCACAUCAACGGGAUCUACGUGAACAUUACUGCAAUCUGCCCGGAUGGCUCUGAGAUUUCAGGCCAUAACAAGUGCAUGAAUGUGAAAGCCAAUGACACAGUUUCUUUUAAUAUAACAGUUGGAAUGACAGAGUGCUAUGAUGGUGAUAAGUACAUCGCUUUAAAACCUAUUGGAUACAAUGAGACAACUUUUAUUUCUGUUAAGAGCACUUGUACUUGUCAAUGCAAGGGACCAAUAGAUCACAGAGCUGGAAGAUGCUUUGAUGAAGAACUUGAACUGGACUGCAAACAUUGCCAAUGCAAAAAAGGAGCUUCUAAUUCCUCCUGCAAAGAAAUGCCCUGGGAGCAAUGCCUUAUUGAACGAUGUCAACAGCACAAAGAACAGCCUGCGUGUAGCAGUCGAGGGAUCUGCCAUUGUGGGAAAUGCCUAUGUUAUGUGACCAGACUGGGGAGAGUGUAUGGAAAGUAUUGUGAGAAAGAUGAUUUCUCAUGUCCUUAUCACCGUGGAAGUUUAUGUGCCGGCAACGGCGAAUGUAAAGGAGGAGAAUGUAAAUGUUACCCUGGCUGGGAAGGUGAAAGCUGCAACUGUUCAUCGUUUCUGGAAUCCUGCAGGUCGGGAUCAGGUGUAAUCUGCAGUGGAAGGGGGACAUGUGUCUGCGGAAGAUGUCAGUGCACUGAAUCUAGAGCUUCAGGCACUUUUUGUGACGUGUGUCCUACAUGUGAAAACUCCUGUGAAAAUAGCUGGAAGUGCGUGGAGUGUCAUUUAAACCAUUGGCCAGACUCUUCCAACUGCAGCACCUCCUGUUCUCAAAUGGUGUUGGUGGAUGAGCUUUCAGAAUCCGAAGAAGAACGAUCACAGUACUGUGUUUUUCAAGCUAAAAAUAAAUAUUUGUACAAAUUCAAAAUGGUAGCAACUGACACUGAAAAACAAUACCUCUAUAUAUUAGAAAAUCCAGAAUACCAGUCUAACCACAAGAUUCUCACUAUGUGUCUUGUGCUAUCUGUUGGUACAGUUAUCACUGGAUUAAUUAUUGUGAUGAUAAUCAGACAGAUAAUGAUGCAGUGGAGUUCAAACAGACUGAAGCCUCCCGGCAGCGAUUGCAAAGUAGCUCCACCACAAAAGAACAAUACUCCACUGCCUACGGUUAGUGCAAAGACUAUCACGUACAGACGGGACAGACCGGAGGAGAUGCAUGUUUAUGUCAACACAAUACAAGUCAUUGAGAAACUUGACUUAUAAUGGAAGCAUUAGAACAACAAACAUACAAAAUUUCCAAUUUGAAGCCAAAAAAUAUACGGAAUCCUGUUUCUUUUGUGCAUUGAUAGAAGAACUUCAGUUCAAACAAGUCAGUUGACUACAAGGCAUCAUUUUUAUUGUAACCAAGAACGGGACUUUACUCUUCGCAAUGUGCCAUGGUUCACGUUCUUGUGCUGUCUGUGCAACAGUUAAUGAAAAU